UGUAUAAGAUCGCAGAUUCGACAGAAAACAUGGGCAAAAUAAUUCAAAUUAAGCCAAUAUAUUGUUUUUAAGACGUGACUCAAUUACAAAACCGUGACUCGCCAAUAUUUAACUUUUGAAUUUUUGAAUGUGUUCGGAAAUAAUGAAUAUAUCUAAUCAAGGUGGCACAUCAAUAUUCAUGUGCAAAGUCUGCAACCUGUUUUCGCCAAGUAAGACAGACCUCCUCUCCCAUGUAUCCGAAGUCCAUAAUUCCGAGGGAAUUAAUCCAGAUGAUAUUAUUAUCCCCCUCAAACCUUUAAACACACAAUCCACAGAAAUAUCCACAGAUGGCCCCAUCAAGAGGAAAAGAGGAAGGCCCAAGGGUUCCACCAGAAAGGUCGGUGCAAGUGAUGGGAUGUUGGAUUCAGCCAGCAGUGUCAAAAGCAGACCAAUGGAAGAGCAGGAGGUUUCAGUGGCACAGGUUACAGUACAAAUAAUGAAAGAUGAACCUGAGCUCAGCACAUCGCUGGAAUGCAAGAAGUGCAAUCGCAAGUUCAGCAACAAGCGGCAAAUCACUAAGCACAUUUGCUUUGUUGCACUGAAAGAGGAUAAUGAAAAUGACGCUGCCAGCUCAGAUGUAGUCGCUGAUUCAGAAGCGUCUGCAGAGGACAGGAUGGAUGACGAUGAGGACAAGUUUCGAACUCCAAAGCGGGCACGAGCUCAGAACUCGGUCCCUGCAAAAGAGUCGGAGUCAGCAGCUGGACCAGUAAACCCCAUCGUCAGUGUGGUCCUGGCAGCUCAUGAGGCCAUUCCUGGUGCUACAAAGAUAGUGCCUAUUGAGGCCUCCCCUGCGGACAUCAUUCCGUCUGCAGAUGUAGACCCCAGUUCCCAAGAUCCAAGCCAAAAGAGAGGCUACCAAGAGUAUGCUAUACAGCAAGCUGCCUAUGAAGUACCACUGAAGUCAAACAGAGUGGGACAAACUCAGCUCAAGAUCUUUACAUGCGAGUACUGCAACAAAGUCUUCAAAUUUAGGCACUCUCUGCAGGCCCACCUUCGAAUUCACACCAAUGAAAAGCCAUUCAAGUGCCCACAUUGUGACUAUGCAAGUGCCAUCAAGGCCAAUCUCAGCGUCCACUUGCGCAAGCACACCGGCGAGAAGUUCAGCUGUGAGCACUGCUCCUUCAGCUGCCUGAGUAAGGGUCACCUGAAGGUCCACGUUGAAAGGGUGCACCAGAAGAUCAAGCGGCAUUGCCGUUUCUGCAAAAAGAAGUACUCCGACAUUAAAAACCUCCUGAAACACAUACGUGACUCUCACGACAUGACCGACAGGAAAGUGAAAGAAAUCUAUGAUGAGACUCGCCUUCAGACGAGAGAGGGCAAGAGGCAGCUCCUCUACGACUGUACGGUCUGUGAGCGCAAAUUCAAGAACGAGCUGGACCGGGACCGGCACAUGAUGAUCCACGGCACCAAGAGGCCCUUCGGCUGCGAGCUCUGUGACCACGGCUCCACCAAGAUCCAGGCUCUACAGGCCCACAUCCGCAAGCACCCGUUCAUCUACGUCUGUGCCAUCUGCCUGCAGAAGUUCGUCAGCUCGCUGCGCCUCAGGGCGCACCUCCAGGAGGCGCACGCCGACACGGAGGAGUCCGUGGGAUUCACCGAAUCCAUCCACAACAGCUUCUGUCUACUGAAGCCUGGCGAUGACAUCCAUCGAGAGAUGCUUCAGCAAGAUGAGCUGCAGAUUACAGAGGAGCUGUCCCUUCUCAACGCACACGACGAGGCUCUCAUGUCCCAUUUGGGCAGUGUGGAGGAACAGAUGGAACAGGCUCAGAACUCUGAGGGGUUAACUGCAGCAGAAGAGCUUCUGGCGCAGCAAACGCGGGAUGCUCUCGACUCCGAUGGAGCCGUCAUAAACUCUUACGUCGUCCAGGAAACCAAGGUGGUCACAGCGCAGGAAGUCAUCGGCGAGGGAGCGCCAGAGCAGUCCCAGCUGCAGGAGAACCAACCUCCAAUGCAAAGCAGUGAAACAAAUGUCUCCGCUCACUCCGAAGAGAUUUUACCCGCACCCUCGGAAAACAGUACGGACACUAAUAAUGCGGCGACCUUCGGCGGCCAGUCUCUGAUUUCAGAGGAUGCGAAGGCCACCUCCGACGCUACACUGCCUCAGGCUGAGAGCUCUGCUGACCAAGGGGACUCUAAUCAGAUGGAGAAUGUGAAGUGGGGGCCAAAUGAAGAGAUGACAUCAUUCAGGCAAAUCAUAGAUCAAAUGCAAAAGAAACAAUUGACCAUGGAAUUAUUGGAGAGAAUCAGGAAGCUGUAUGGCGACAUGGAGUGUGAAUAUUGUGGUAAGCUGUAUUGGUACCAAGUCCACUUUAACACACAUGUGCGAACACAUACACGAGAACAUCUGCAUUACUGUACCCAGUGCAGUUACUCCUCCAUCACUAAGAAUUGCCUGAAGCGUCACAUCAUUCAGAAACACAGCAAUAUUCUACUGAAGUGCCCAGAAGAGGGAUGUCUGUAUGCCACGCCUGACAAGUACAAGCUACAGGCCCAUCAUAAAACUCAUGCAGACAAGGACAAAAGACUUUUGGCGUGUCCUGUUUGUGAAGAGGCAAUUACAGUGGACAGAAUUAAGUUUCAUCUCAAAACCCGCCAUCCAGAUGCACCUCUGGACUCAAUAUUUGAGUCUUUGGGUAUUAGUGGGGAUACUAAAGGAAAGAUUGGAAAGAAGGCCUCCAGAUGUCCCUACUGUGACCGUUUCUUCAAGAGGAAUGGCGCAGACCUGCAGCAGCACAUAUGGGCCCAUGAAGGUAUAAAACCUUUCAAAUGCUCAAUCUGUGACUAUGCCUCGCGGAGCAAGAGCAACCUCAAGGCGCACAUGAACCGGCACAACUCGGAGAAGAGCCACCUGUGUGACCUGUGUGGAAAGAAGUUUAAGUCCAAGUGCAGUCUGAAGAGUCACAAGCUCAUGCACACGGCUGAUGGAAAACAAUUCAAAUGCACAGAAUGUGACUACACAGCAGCACAGAAACCUCAGCUGCUACGACAUAUGGAGCAGCAUGCGUCUUUUAAGCCAUUCCAGUGUGCACAUUGCCAUUACUCAUGUAAUAUAUCUGGCUCAUUGAAGAGACACUACCACAAGAAGCAUCCCAAUGAGGAGUACUGUAAUGCAGGGUCUGGAACCACUACUGCUGACUCCGUGAUAGAACAAGGAGGCUCGAAAUGUCCCGUGUGCAACUAUGUGUACGGGACCAAGUGGGAGAUGAACAGGCACCUGAAGAACAAGCACGGCCUCAAGGUGGUGGAGAGCGACGGCCUCGGGCUGGGCCAGUGGGAGGUGGUUGAGUCGUUGGAGGAGCAGUCCACUCAGUUUCUUCACAUCACAGAGACUGAAGACUCUCAGGGAACUGAGGAAGCUGUGACAACCCUGCAGGACUUGCAUUUCGCCACACAGAAUGGUGACGGACUGGACCCUGCAGCGGUGAACAUUCUGCAGCAGAUUAUCGGACUUGGGUCUGAGAACACUGAUGGCACGGUGGCUUCCGUUGUCGCCAUGGCACCAGGAACAGUCACUGUCGUGGAACAGGUGGCUGAGGAGGAGCAGCAAUCCGACCACACCAUGAUAAUCCAGGAUGCUCUGCAGCAGGGCUCCGUGGAUAUGGGGGAAGAGCACCACCUAGUGGUGUCUUCGGACGACAUGGAGGGCAUUAAGACCGUGACGGUGUACACUCAGGGAGAAGACACCUCUCAGUACAUUGUUUAUGUACAGACUGAUGAACAGAUGACAGAGGCUUUGUGAAAGACACUUUAUAUGAGGGAUGUGUUAUCACAGUACUGUUAUUCUUACUUCCCAUUAAUCUAUGCUCAGCCCUACAACUCCUACAAGGUUCUUGAAGUACCAGUCAGUUCCCUUUGAGCCUCAACAUAUCACCUUUAAUUUGAACUAAUUUAUUGUAAAUUAGAGUGAAAUGUGUAUAGUGUAUAUAAAAUGUUUGGAAAGCCUCCAUACAUUGUAGCAUAUAGAUGUUGAGGAUAAUCUCUACUGCACCAGCCAAAAAACUACAAGAAACCAGGCAUUUUGUGAAGCAAAAAAUAACUGCAAAUGUUUUCAUAGCAUAUUUUAAAUAUGCAUCAUGAAUAUUGGCCUUUGUUGAUGACACACAAAGACUUUUGUAAAUAA